AUGCAGAUUUUGCCACCUUUUGCUCUCACUGCUUUCGGUUCAGCACCCGCCACGGGAACAUCCCUCUUCGGUCAAGCCACCCCCACAUCAAGCACCUCGCUGUUUAGCACCCCGACGAGUACCGCUACUGGUUUGUUUGGCGGAGGGAUUGGAAGCGGAACGACCGUUAAGUUUGAGCCUCUGAUCGGGAAUGAUUCGAUUGUCAGAAACGGAAUCUCGUCCAACACGAGCACAAAGCAUCAAUGCAUCUCGGCAAUGAAACAGUAUGAGGGAAAAAGUGUUGAGGAACUGCGAGUCGAAGACUACCUGGCCAAUAGAAAAGGUUCAACGAUGCAAACCGGCGGUCUUUCGUUCGCCACUUCGUCUGCCGCCCCUGUCACCGGUUCAGUAUUCAACACAACGCCUGCGUCUAGUGCAUCGUUUCUUUCUCAGAACAAGCCUAUCUUCGGAAUUUUCUUUCUCAGGGAAAAGACAGUAGCUGCUCCCAGUUCUUGCGCAGAUGAAAUGUAUAUAAUCCCCAUAUGUUCACCAGAUAUGCAGAUAUGCUCUAACUCGAGGGAGCAGAUCAACAGGGAACUU